AAACACAGAACCCUUAUUAAAUGGCUAAAUCCGAUUGAAACACGAACUCGAUUCCGACAUAAUAUUAACAACAAACCCUUUAUACUUUGAACAAACAAAAAAUACAUCAUUUCUUCUUACCUCAGAGGAAUAGAUCGAAGAAAUACAAGCAGAUUCGUCUCCACGACUACUAGAAAUUGCUCCAGUCAAGUCAUCUUAUACCGUGGCUUGCGACAUUUUUGUAAUAAAAGGCUUAGUUUGAGCUUGCUUUGAUGUUCUUAUCCUUUUGGGUUUACUCCUGGUUGUGGCAUCAAAUUCAAUUGCUCUGCGGCGGGGAACGCGGAGAUCGGAGGCUUUUCCGUUCAAAACGUGACGGAGAACAGUAUAUUCGUCAGCCUCCCACACAAUUGUACUCGAAUUUCAUGGAUAACGAUAAGGAGAGCUUGCUUUGAUUUUCUUUAGUAUGGUUUCAAAUUCUUUUCAGUUACUGGUAGAAAAUAGUUAAUUGUUUGCUAUUUUAUCUUGCUACAGGUUCUUGCACUGCACCAAUAUAACUUGUAAAUUACUUUAUGUUCUCUCCUUGCCCCUACUUACCAGAUUUGAAUGGUUCCAGUACCACAUCAUCAUCUGGAAACCAAAUUGGAGAAUGGUUCCUAUUAAAAAGAAUUGAAUUUGUUAUGAUCUUAUUUGUUUGGUUCCUUAGCUUGUGUAUGAUUUUGAUGAGAAUUGCUUUAGGUUCUUCUUCUGUAAAGCUCUUUUAAUACUCGUCUACCCACAUAGCCAGAACAAAAGUCACUGUCUUUGAUUGAGUCUCUCUCCUUUCUGCAUCGAGUAAAGAUCAAGAAAGUCUCAAUCUUGUAUCUUCUCAUUACGCCUCCGUAUAACGAUUUUUACAUCAGUCUUGCGAGGGGAAUAUAGACUCUUUUGACUCUAGCUUCCAGUUUGCUUUUACUAUUGAUGUACAUGCUGUCAAUUCUCCUAUUUUUUUUGCUGUUCUUUCUUACUUGCUGCUUGAUUUUAGAAACCAAACUUUCUGAGUUCUUCUCUAUCUGAUAUAUAUAUAUAUAUACUUGGUAGUUUGGUUAGCGUUUAUCUUGUAUUGACCGUGACGGAUCAAUUCUUGUAUGGAAUUGUUAAGACAAAGUUGAAGAUGUGUGACCUAUGGUGUUUUAUGCAGCAUUUUGAUAUCAUCUUGGUCUUUUUGGUGUUUUCUCUGGAAAACACAGUGAGGAAAAUAUAAGUGUUCUGGAGGAGUAAAAGAGGACAAUAGGAGAAUGAGAAUAGUCGGACUAACAGGAGGGAUUGCGUCUGGGAAGAGUACUGUAUCCAACCUCUUCAAGGCUAGUGGAAUUCCUGUUGUUGACGCUGAUGUUGUUGCUCGAGAUGUAUUGAAGAAAGGAAGCGGUGGAUGGAAAAAAGUUGUUGCAGCAUUUGGGGAUGAGAUUCUGCUUCCUAGUAGAGAAGUGGAUCGGCCAAAACUCGGUCAGAUCGUGUUCUCGUCUGAUUCCAAGCGCCAACUUCUAAACAAGCUGAUGGCUCCGUACAUAUCAACUGGUAUCUUUUUGGAAAUCUUGAGACAAUGGGCGAGUGGCGCUAAAGUGAUAGUUGUUGAUAUCCCUUUGUUGUUCGAGGUAAAGAUGGAUAAGUGGACAAAACCUGUAGUAGUUGUGUGGGUUAGUGAAGAAACACAACUUAAGAGACUGAUGGAGAGAGAUGGAUUGAGUGAAGAAGAUGCAAGAAAUAGAGUGAUGGCUCAGAUGCCGUUGGAUUUAAAAAGGAGCAAAGCUGAUAUUGUGAUCGAUAAUAAUGGUAGUCUCGACGACCUCCACCAACAGUUCGAUAAGGUUUUGUCUGAAAUCAGAAGAUCAUUGACAUGGACCGAGUUUUGGCGUUCAAGGCAAGGAGCCUUCUCAGUUCUUGGCUCAGUAAUUUUAGGAGUCUUUGCUUGCAAACAGCUCAACAUUGGCUCUUAGCAUUUUGAAUUUUACUGUGGUUCAAAGUCAUCACUUUUGUUACUGUUAAAAAAAAAAAAACAUUGUAAUAAUCUUACAACUUUCAUUUAUUAAUCUGUCUCUGACAAUAUCUCAAGCUACA